AGAACACAGGAAGAACAUAGGAAGGACACAGGAAGGACAUAGGAAGAACACAGGAAGGACACAGGAAGGACAUUCUUGACCAGGGGAGGCUGUGAGCUGCGGGAGCCACGGGCGGAGAGUUUGAAGCGAGUCUCUGGAAUCUGAUGGACCUCGCUGGGAUCCAGUGAAGUCACCAAGCUGCAGAAUGUUGUUCCCGGUGUUCUGGGUGGCCCAACUCUUGUCGCUGGUACUACAUAGCUGGGCAGAAGAGGAAUUCCAGUGGACACAGACCGAUCGAGGAUCGUUUUAUUACGGCACUUUCCCACCCACUUUCAUGUGGGGAGUGGGGAGCUCGGCCUAUCAGACGGAAGGAGCCUGGGACCAGGAUGGGAAAGGGAAGAGUAUUUGGGACGUCUUCACCCACAAGAAAGGGAAAGUCUAUAUGAAUCAGACGGCGGAUUCUUCCUGCGAAGGAUACAGCAAGGUCAAGGAGGACAUCGAUCUGCUGAAGGAGCUGAAGGUUUCUCAUUACCGUCUUUCUAUCUCGUGGCCUCGCCUGAUUCCCACCGGCAUUAAAUCUGAAAGCGUCAAUGAAAAAGGUAUAAAAUAUUACAACGAUCUAAUUAAUGCGCUUUUGGAAAACAAGAUCACUCCGGUGGUCACCUUGUAUCACUGGGACCUGCCACAGACCCUCCAGGAGAAGUACAGCGGCUGGCAGAACAUCAGCAUGGUGGCCUACUUCACCGAUUACGCCAACCUGUGCUUUGAGAAGUUCGGUGACCGGGUGAAACAUUGGAUCACAUUCAGCAACCCAUGGUCUGUGGCAGUUGAAGGCUAUGAGACGGGAGAACAUGCGCCGGGCCUAAAGCUGAGAGGGACUGGAGCAUACAAGGCGGCACACCACCUGAUCAAGGCACAUGCCAGGACGUGGCACAGCUAUAACAAGUACUGGCGCGGCAAGCAGAAAGGAAUGGUUGGCAUUUCCCUGACUACAGAAUGGGGUGAACCCGUGGACAUCUCCAGCCAGAAGGAUAUUGAAGCUGCGGAGAGAUUUGUUCAGUUUAAUUUUGGAUGGUUUGCUAAUCCUCUUUUCAACGGAGACUACCCACAGAUCAUGAAAGAAUAUAUAGGCCAGAAGAGCGCCCAGCAGGGUUUAGGAAUGUCCAGACUCCCGACCUUCAGCUCUCAAGAGAAAGCUUUCAUCAAAGGCACAAGUGACUUUCUUGGGGUCGGCCACUUCACCACCAGAUACAUCACCAACAGGAACUUCCCAUCUGCUCAGGGGCCCAGCUACUUUACCGACAGAGACCUGAGAGAGCUGGUGGACCCCAAAUGGCCUGAGCCGGAGUCCAAAUGGCUAUACUCCGUCCCGUGGGGUUUCCGGAGGCUGCUGAAUUUUGUCAAGACCCAGUAUGGAAAUCCAAUGGUGUUGGUAACAGAGAAUGGGGUGUCAGAGAAGAUGCAUUGUUCUCAGCUGUGUGAUGAAUGGAGGAUUCAGUACCUCAAAGGCUACACCAAUGAGAUGUUAAAAGCAAUAAAGGACGGGGUUCACAUCCAGGGAUACACAGCUUGGUCUCUGAUGGAUAAAUUUGAGUGGGAUGAAGGCUUUUCAGAAAGAUUUGGACUCUAUUUUGUGGAAUUUCAAAGCAAGAACAAGCCUCGUUAUGCAAAAGCAUCCGUUCAGUUCUACAAAAAGAUUAUAAGAGCCAACGGCUUCCCUAAUAUCCGAGAGGUGGAAAACUGGCACCGUAUAGCAACAGAAACCUGCUCCACUACAAACAAACUCCUGGCUGCAGAGGAACAGAGGAAUACGGCUGCAAAUAUUCUGCGGCUAAUUCAUGACCCGCUGACCAGCCACAUGGAGAUGGUGACGGAGAUCGUGGUCCCCACAGUGUGUACUCUGUGCAUUCUGAUCAGCGCUGUGCUCCUGAUGAUUCUUCUGCGAAGACAGAGCUAGGAGAUCUAUAGAUACGAUGGAAUACGGACAGUGCCGCCAUCUCUGCCCCGCACAGACUCUCUGAAGAAUUGUGACCCCUCCCCCCCCCGUCUGUUCUGUUACCCUGAUGAAAAAAAAGAAAUACAGUGUUGGAGUUAUCAACCACAUCCCAGAGUGUACAGAGUUACCCUCCACAUCCUAGAGUGUACAGAGUUACCCUCCACAUCACAGAGUGUACAGAGUUACCCUCCACAUCACAGAGUGUACAGAGUUACCCUCCACAUCCCAGAGUGUACAGAGUUACCCUCCACAUCAUAGAGUGUACAGAGUUACCCUCCACAUCCCAGAGUGUACAGAGUUACCCUCCACAUCAUAGAGUGUACAGAGUUACCCUCCACAUCAUAGAGUGUACAGAGUUACCCUCCACAUCAUAGAGUGUACAGAGUUACCCUCCACAUCAUAGAGUGUACAGAGUUACCCUCCACAUCAUAGAGUGUACAGAGUUACCCUCCACAUCACAGAGUGUACAGUGUUACCCUCCACAUCAUAGAGUGUACAGAGUUACCCUCCACAUCAGAGUGUACAGAGUUACCCUCCACAUCAUAGAGUGUACAGUGUUACCCCCCACAUCAUAGAGUGUACAGAGUUACCCUCCACAUCAUAGAGUGUACAGAGUUACCCUCCACAUCAUAGAGUGUACAGAGUUAC